CAAAUUUAUCAUUUUUGAAAACUUUAAAAUAUAUAAAAGGUGCAAAAUAAAAAAAUUUUAGCAAAUAUUGUAUCACAGUAAUACUUGUGUUAAUAAAAUGAAGAGUUCUUUGCUAAUUUUGUGCAUUUUCUUAACAAUUUUUAAAAGUAAUGCUGCUUCUCGUGGUUUACUCUAUAGUGAAACAGAUAAUCCAUCAGCAGAAAAGUCAGCUCACAGUGUUAAACUAGAGACAUUUGAAGACAGUCAGUAUUACAUUGGAUUCACGUUUGAAGGAACAUGGUUUCAAGCUAUGCGAUACUGUAAACUACUCAACAUGGACAUGGUUAGCGUUGAGACUGAAGCAGAAAAUGAUUUUCUUUACCAUAAGCUGAAGUCAUUAUGUAAGGACUUUGGAGGCGAUGAUGACUACCGAUUUUGGUCAUCAGGAACCACCUAUGCUUACGACAAAUGGGCGUGGAUGGGAACAGGACAACCAAUACAUUACUUCAGUUGGAUGCCGAAAAAACCCAGCAGUUCCAAGGAUGAAAAUUGUCUUGAAAUUAGAUAUAAUAAACACGAUGGUCUUCUAUGGAGCAACGAAGUUGACAAUAAGAACUUGCAUGUUAUUUGUGAAUCAAAAAUUUCAAAAGCUGUAAAAUAAAUAUUGUAUUAUAUUAAAGUUAACAAUACAGCGUAUGUACUUAUACAGUAUGGUGCAAAUGUCUGGAAUAAAUUCGAUAUUUCGUAAACUAGCGACUAAAAGGAAAAAUUUCGAAACAGGUCGAUUUUUAUUUUUAAGUUGCGAUAUUUUGAAAUAUAUUUGCUACGAGUGACGUCAUCCAUCUGGACGUGAUGACGUAAUCGAUGAUUUUUUAAAUGAGACUAGGAGUCAUGUGAUAGCUCAUUUGAAAAGGUUUUCAAUUCUGUAUUCAGUAACAUAAAUAUUAAUAAAAUUGUUUGCACACAGUCUCCAAAAAAAUUUUAAAUAAAAUUAAUUGACAAAAAAAGAAGAAUGUAUGUAAUUUAUUUAAUUUAAAAUACAUUUAACUACUGUCAGAGAACAGAAAAAACAUGUUAAUUUGACAAAUAAGCAUUGCUUUUCGCUUAAAUUAAAUGUUCAAACUUCCAAGUGGCAGGUGGUAGGUGGGCGCUGGUUUGAAUAUUGAAUUUAAGCGAAAAACAAUGCUUAUUUGUCAAAUAAAUAUUUCUUCUGUUUCCUGACAACAGUAAACUAUAUUUUAACUUAAAUAAAUUACAUACAUUAUUCCUUUUUUUGUCAUGUAUAUUAAUUUAAAAUUUUUUUUGGACACUGUAUAAACAAUUAUGUUAACAUUGUAUACUACUCAAUACAGAAUGGAAUUUCAAAUGAGCUAUCACACGACCCCUAGUAUUAUUUAAAAAAAUCACCGAUUACGUCAUUACGGCUAUAUAGAUGACGUCACUCAUAUGAAAUAAAGCCAGAAUAUUGUAAUUUAAAAAUAAAAAUCGACCUGUUGCGGGAUUUUUCCUUAAAGUUGCCGGUUUACGAAAUAUCUAAAUUAUUCCAGACAUUUGCACCAUACUGUAUAAAAAGAAUUUUUUCAA